AUGGCAAUGCUCCGCGGCAUCGCCUCUCCAGGGCUCGGAAUGCCGACUAGACAGCAGUACUACGACGAUGAGCCUUACCAGGCCAAUGCGGCUCAACUUCGACCUUUUGCCACCCAUCAUGUGAGUUCCAACGGUCUUCUUCUUCUUUUCGCACUUUUCCUCCCUUUCAUGAAUAGACUUCUUUGUGUUCUUGUUCUUCACGCAUCAAUUUUUGUCUUUUCCAUUCCUCUUUUCCUGUGCCACCAACUCUUUUUUCAUUCAAAAAAAGCAGUUCUCCUCGGAUUCGCGCACAUUUUGCCGGUUUUCUCUGGAUUCUGUUGGAUGAUGGUGAUCACAUCCAUCUUGUCACUUCUGAUUUCGGCCAAUUCAACUGAUUGGCCUUGGUGAAUCACCAUCUUUCUCAAAACCAUCCAUCAGGACUUUUUCUCUUGAUUUGAAUAUCUUAAGUUAUAAUUCUCUAGAUUGAGACAAUUUUCAAUGAGGUUUUUCGACUUUUGGGGAGAUUUAACGAAAAAAGAUUGGGAAAUCUUAGCCUUAUCUUAACUUUAAGACUCUUCGAUAGUUCGAAAGAAACUUGUCUACUUUUCAUCAAAGAAUUUUUCAAACUUUUUUCGACCUUUGUUCUCGGAUAUUUUUUCCCUUUUUUUCAAAACUUCUCACGAAGUUUAUAUUGAAAUAAAAACAAGGACCCAGAAGUUUCCGAUUGGCGGCAAACGCCAGCCGAAUAAUUUAUCACUGUCUAUCACCUCACACAAAACUUUGCCCCGUCCGCCGUUUCAACAGAUUCUCACACGGCUUUUCGUCCUCUCAAAUGUCUCUGCACUUUCUUAACCCUGUUAAACUCAUCAGAAAAAAAGAUUUCUGAAACGGCUGGUCGAAAUUUCGCAACUUCCCGCAAUUCAUUGUAAUAAUUUGUUCUGGAAUGUGGCGAAUGCUGAAAGUUAUGAGAAACCUUGAACCGCUUGGACCUUUUCCGCGCCUUCAGUUUAUCGUUUUGUAUCUGAAUCUUUGGCCCAGACAAACUAUUCUCCAUGUAAUGUCUGGCAAUUAGGGACACUUUUUUGUGUUUUGAAACUGAGAAUGUUGUAAACAAUCCACUUAGAAAAGAGAUUUCAGUCCUCAGGGGAUAUAAUACGGUGAAAAUUCCUUUUAACAAAUUGAAAAGUGCAUUUCGUUAGCAAUGUGAUAUCCGUGCAGUAUUAUCCUCCGUAAAGUACAAUUAACUCAUUUACCUCAAAUUGUUUCUCAGUAACUCACGAGUUUUGAGCCCAAUUUAGAAAUGUACGAAAGCUUUCAUUAAAACAAUUCCUGUUGAGUUUUUUUCAAUCUUUUGAUUUUAAGGCUUAGAAGGAAUUUUCAUUUUUGUUGGAUUUUUAAAAAAUAAUUUUACAAGCCGAUAGCAUUUUCUGUUGAUUUUUUUCACAUAAAGAAGAUAAUCUUCGUUUUAAUUCACCUGUAUCUGUGUAUCCAGUAAUUUUUCAAAAAAUCAAAUUUUUUUAAAAUACUUCCGUUUUCCAUGAUCCACUAGGCCCCAAAAGUGACACAAAUGUCAUAUUCUCAAGGAAUAGAAGAGAAAAGUUUCAAUUUCGACGUCAAAGGAUGUUAUUUUUGUAAAAUUGAAAGGACCGUGUCUGUUUUUUUCAAAUUUUUUCAUAUAAUACUGUUGUAAAACUAUUUUUUUCUGAUUAUUUCUGCUCGAACUUGUCUAUUUAAAAAUAUGCCGAACGAUUUUUUUCUUAAAAAAACUAAGAAAGGUUUCUUCCGAAAAUUUCAAACGUUUUUUUGUCAGCCUGUAACCUUUAGCAUUACAAAGAGCGAAAAAUUGAUUUUAAAAAAAUGCUUUUCUAAAAUCAAAUGAUGAAGAAAGAAGUAAAAUGUUCAGAUGGAACGACGCGAAUCGGGAACGCUGAUCCCGAUUUCACAACGAUCGCUGGCGACGUCGACACCGUUUGGCUCGGCGCCAACUUCGCACAGUAUCUUUGGAAGUCCGAUGCCGACGAAUAGCCCACGAAAAAUGCCGCAGCAACCGUUACCCUUCAAUAUCCAAGUACGCCUUUUUUUUCUUUUUUUUUUAGAUCUUUUCAAGUUGAAGCAGAGUUUGGUGGGUUUAAAAACUUUUCAGCAGGAUUUUGGCCAUUUUUUAACUAUCAAUCAAUCAUUUGUUAAACCUUUUCCAGAGUUGUAAUAAGCUAGACGGGGAAGCUUUACCGGCAUGUUUUCUUUUUUGAAAGUUGAACCUUUAGCAUUAGAUUUUUUAUAACUGGACUCGGUUAGACGGAUUUUUAAGAAAUAUCUAACUCUUUUUUUGUUAUUUUUACAACUUCUGAAGUAAUUAAAGAUUUGAAUAUUUGAUGUCGGUUCACCCAGAUCUCUCUGGCUUUUUCUGAAGAUUAUUUUUCUCGGAAGCUUUUUUUAAAUCUACUCUAGAUGUUUUAUUAGGCCUCAAUUUCUUUCUGAAUUAAUUGAUCUGUUAUUUUGGUGCUGUUUUUCUGGUUUAUUUAUCGCUCUUUUUGUUUUUAAUUGGUUUGAGUUGAACUUUAAGUUCCGUUCCGCCGAGUUGACUUUGAGUUUCAAGUCGAUUUUCCUCAAAUUCUUCGUUUCUUGGUUGUGCCAUCGGUCUCAUCAUUUGCAUGGCGUUAUCGCGAAACAAUCGAACUUUUUUUUGUGUAGAAUGUUUCGAUUCGGCGAAAUUUAAUAGGAAAGUAGCCAUGAAGAACCGGUUCCUUUUUUGGCGAGGGUCACGUCUCUCAUUUCAGUCCUUUUUUGGCGCCUAUCGCUUUGAAAGUUUACCUUUCGAGUUAUGCCAAGGGGUCUAUGUUCGAAACAUCUUCAAGUUGAGAACGAGAAGGCAGCGGUUGAACCUAGUGGUUGGAAAAAAGUCGGAAAGAUUUCAAAAUGAUUUAUUGAAUCUCACCGGUAUCUUCAAAAUAGAUGUCAGAAUAGUUUCUUCAUUUUAUUUAAAGAUUCAUGGAGACAAGGAAGGCGACACGAGAGCAAUUUUCUUCGUCUUUAUAAGAAAAUCCGAAUUAAUAAAAAUAAUUGAUACGUUCUUCGGAUGUUGUUAAUUGGCUCUCCCCGCGCUUUAUGUUAAUUUGGCUAAGUGAUCUCUGUUUUUCGGUAUAGCCUAUUCCGCGCCAGCUUGUCACGUUUUUCUUCCCGCCAAAAAGACCGUAUUCUAAUUAGAUCAAAUUUCUGCUCUUAUAACGGCAAGAAACAACGGUCUUGAAGCGAAAGUUGGUUAAAUUUGACCUGGACUUUUGGCGGAAAGAAAAGCGUGACAAGCUAGCGCGGAAUGGCCUAUAGUGAUCUCAUUGCUCUGUUGCCUCGUUGCCUUCGACCUUUUGCCGCGUUUUCCAGCUGUCUGGAGAAGUGGAAGAGACUGUGUCGAGAGAGAGAGACGCCGAGACAAUCAUGUAGCGCCAGACUCUUGGCGCGGCGCCAAAAUAGGGGGCGGAGCUCGAGGCCAUCGUGAUAUGUCGUUGUUUCGUUCACCGGCGUUGAUCUCUGGCGUUGCGGCGAGGCGAAAAAGCCGCGCGACUUCCAAAAAAGGGGUUAUUAACUGUAGGUGGGGAAUGUCCGGGGUUCUGGGACUUUCUGAUGGUUAAUAGAAAGCUUUUGAAGCUUUAUGAUAGUGAGGAUAGUGAAAACAAUAAUUUUCAACAAUUUUUCCCCAAAUCGGCGUCAAGUUUAUUUGAUUAACUUUUUUAAAUUUUCGAAUCAAAAUACAAAUUUUUGAUAACAGCGUCUCAGGCCUGCUAACUUUUUGUGAAAAAAAAGAAGGAGAAGACCGUAAUUUUCAAGGUUAUUCGACCUUUUGAGAAGUUUCCUCGUCAAUCACAAUCGUUAAACAUUUCGAAGAAUUUUAUUGCUUUUUUUUGAGCCAGACAAAACCAUUUCGAAAAUGAUGUUUUAGGAGCCGUAAACAGGAGUUUGACGAAAGGAUGUGUUUCACAACGUGUAGGAAGUUGCUAUUUCAACUUGUCAGGCCACUGUUUCGCAAUUGGGUGGUCCAAGGCUCUCGUUAUUCUUUAAUCGGACGACCGCCGGAGGCGCCAAGCUGGACCCCACGUGGUGA